AGAGCGGCGCAGGCGCGCGGUGGGCGCGGCGCAUGCGCAGUGGGGGAGCGCGCCCGGCCCAGGCGAGUGUCCGGUUUUUUUCUGGAAGCCAGGAGCGGGUGGAGCCCGGCCCCUCGCAGCCUCUCUCCCAGCAUGGCAGACCAGAAGCGUCUCGCCUACUCCAUCAUCCAGUUCCUCCACACCCAGCUCCAGAACGGGAGCAUGUCUCCAGAUGCUCAGGAGAGUUUGGAAGUGGCCAUCCAGUGCCUGGAGACAGCGUUUGGAGUCUCCAUGGAAGACCAAAGCCUGGCUGUGUCCCAGACCCUUCAAAUAUUUGAAGCUGUGGCAGGGAAGGAGCUGGAACACUCCAGAACGAAUUCCGAGCCCGUCACCCCCUCGGAAGAUGACGUGGCUGAAGCUGAAAGACUCAAGACUGAAGGAAACGACCAAAUGAAGGCAGAAAAUUUCGAGGCUGCCGUGUCUUUUUAUGGAAAAGCCAUCGAGUUAAACCCAGCCAACGCCGUUUAUUUCUGCAACAGAGCUGCUGCCUACAGCAAACUGGGGAAUUACGCAGGAGCAGUGCGGGACUUGCGAGCGAGCCAUCGGCAUCGACCCAACUACAGCAAAGCCUACGGCAGGAUGGGCUUGGCCCUGUCCAGCUUAAACAAACACACAGAAGCUGUUGUUUACUACAAAAAAGCUCUGGAGCUGGAUCCAGACAACGAGACCUACAAAUCCAACCUCAAAAUAGCUGAACAGAAAAUGAAGGAGACUCCCAGUCCGACCGGCGGCCCCGGAGGCUUCGACUUGGCCGGAUUGCUGAACAACCCCGGCUUCAUGAGCAUGGCAUCAAACCUCAUGAACAACCCCCAAGUGCAACAGCUAAUGUCCGGGAUGAUUUCGGGAGGCCACAACGCCAUGGGAGCAGCCGGGAGCAGCCCCUCCACCAACGACCUGGCCAGCCUGAUCCAGGCGGGCCAGCAGUUUGCGCAGCAGAUGCAGCAGCAGAACCCCGAGCUCAUCGAGCAGCUCCGCAGCCAAAUCCGGAGCCGGACCCCGAGCGCCAGCAACGAGGAGCAGCAGGAAUGAGCCGCCCCUGGGAAUUCUGCUGGUUGCUUUUCCAACUGGAAGCCUCGUGCGUGUUGCCAUUUCUUGAGUUGGAAGUGUCCAAGAAGGGGGGAAAAAAAGAAACAGAAUGGAAAAAAAACACAAAAAAAAAACCAAAACCCAAAACAAUUCCCAAAUCCUUUCCGUGCCCUGCAUGUCACCGACAGAUUCCCGAUUUUCCAGCCCUGCUCCUCCCGUUUUUUCCACCUUUCCCAGGUUUUUUUGUUGGGAUUUUUGUGGUUUUCUCCUGGAAGCCCCAGCAGAGCCGAGCACAGAACUUUCCCCCAGCUCUGCCAGGACUCUGCUCUGAAAUUCCCACGGGAUUUUUCCCCCGGGGAAUUUUUUAUUCCCAGAUUUUUUGGGGGUUUUUUUGGAGGAUUUCACAGGAAUCCUUCUGGGGUUUUUUUUUCUUUUUUCCUCAAUAUUCCCCCCUGGGGAAGGGCCACUUCCAAGAAGUGUUGGAGUCCCCCCCACUUCAUUCCCUUACCCUGCCCAACCCCUCCGGAAAUCCCGGGAUUUUCUACCCUCUGGGAAUGGGGAUUUUUGGUCCUUCAGCUGCCAUCCAGCUCUGGGAUUCCCGGGAAUUUCGGUGCUUCCCUUCUCCGAGGUCAGCACAGGGGUGGGGAGGAGCUGGGACUGGACCCUCCCCACGCACCCCGAGACGUUUUUGGGGUUUUUCCUUCCCAGAAAAUCCCAGGACAAACCCCCUGAGCUCUGGAAAAGUGGGAAUUUUUUUCCCAUGGAAGGCGAGCAGCGAGGAGGGAGCGAAGGUGUUUUUAGUGUGUUUAAAAGGAGUUUUUUCCUUGGUAUUAUUAUUAAUUAUUAUUAUUAAUUAUUAAUUUUUUUUUUUUUUUUUUUAAAUCUUCCGUGCAUGUCAGUGCUCAGCCUGGCUGGGGGAGGGGGUGGAGGAUGCCAGGAUGGAGCAGAGGGAAUGCAAAAUUCCCCUUUGGAUCCGGCGGAUUCGGGGAGGGAAAAACUCCUGGAGCCGCCUCAAAUCCCAGCUCAGCUCCUGCGUGAGACCAGAGGCUUUUUUUUGGUUUCUUUUUGGUUUUUUGGGGUGCCUCCAACCUGAUUUUAAAGCUGAUUUUUGGCUGGGGGGGGGGGGGAGGGGAGGAGGAGGAGCCCCACUGGAGUGAGCAGGAACUUUUGGGAGAUUGGAGAAAAAAAAAGGAAAAAAAAAAAUCAUGGAAAAAGAGAGAACAAAAGUGAUUUUUUUUUUCUAAAAUUUCUUUUUUUGUAAACGCUCCAUGGAAUAAACGUGGUUCAUGUCACUCGUGAGGAAUAAAACAUUUGGACACUUUCGUUGUUA